UAGAAAGCUGCAGAUCAGGAAUUCGAGCCAUCCGAGAAGCCGUUCAAACAUUCUUUUCUCCUCUAGUCUGGUUGAACUUCUGGACACAUCGUCCUUUAUUUCCGCAGUGACCGGGGCGCCCAGGCAUCAAUCCCUUUGAAAAUUUGACCCGCCAAAUUUACCCCUCAUGGACGACUCAGAUCCCGUCAUCGCAUCCUACGAUGUGUACCUUACAGACUCCGAGAUCUCCAGAUUCGUUCUCCAGUACUUAGACCGAUCCGCCGAACAUCCCUACGACGAGGGCCACGAACAGAAACCGACUGCGUUCCGAUUGAAGCCGAACACCGGUCUCGUGGAGGUUGAUGUGCCGAUCCAGACACGAGUGAACUACGAUGUCAGUAAGGGACAGCGAUAUGGCGAUGCCAUGAGAAGGUCCCGCAGCGCCCGGGAUGGAGGCUCCCACGGCUUGGCUGGCGGGUUCAGCUCGGGGGCUGCUGCGGGCGGCGGGAAGGUGAAGAUGGAGGGGAACGUGGAUGUGGAAAUGGGCGGGAUGGAUAGCAAGGAGGGGUCUGAUAUUAUGCGGGUGCAGACGCUUGGAGGGCGGAUUAAGGGUCCUGAGGAUGGGGACCCGGUGUACAUGCUUGCGGCGUUCCGUGGACAGAAUUUGCACCUGUCUCCUGUUUCUGCUGUCGUGCAGUUGCACCCUCAGCUUCAUCAUAUAGAUGCCUUGGAUGAGAUCCCUGCGAAGGGGAGGGGUAAGGCCCGGAAAGAGGGCGAGGAGGAGCAGACUGAGGCUCGCGCGAUUGACGUGAAGAUCAAGGCGGCUGAGGAUGCGGAAGCGGUCAUGGUUGCGGGCAACCUGGAACUGCUUAAGAAGAUGCAAGAUGAGAAGUGGACUACGUAUGAAUGGGUGGAUGCAGAGACCGAGGAAGCAUGGCAGACGUACGAGAGCUACAUGAUCCAGCAGGACCUGGAGAAUGUUCCGCAGCUUGAGGCGGCCAUUGAUAGCGAAGACUAUCUGGACAGGAUGAGCGCACCACGUAUCGACCCAGCUCGACCAGAGAUGACGGGAUGGGCGAUGAAGCAGAACCGGAAGAGGCAAAAGGAACAUGCUGGCUCUGUCGGAGUCAAUGCGCAAGGGUGAGCGUCGAUAUUGCACUUGAAGGGAUGAAUUAAUGUACGAUUGCCACGAUGUAUAAAUAUUCCAUUUGUAGAACCUGGCCAUUAUGGAUCAUAGAGUGGCUACCGCUAUUCUACGUCCUAAUCUUCUAAUUCGGAUAACUCGAC